UGCUCCUUGGAGCAAAACCCAAACUGAGGUUGCACUAAUGGCUGCCUUUGGAGCAGCAGCAGCUGAAGAAGAAACCCAACAGUUGGAAUUCGGAGAAUAAUGAGAUUAGAGGUCAAAGCCUUAAAACCUGCAAAAUCAAAGGUAAUAAUACCAACCCAAACUGCUCCAAUCUGUUGCUGUAUAGACAUUGAUACUUUGUCUCUGCAUUUACUCGUACCGUAGAAAUUUCUUCGAACUCGGCAUGACCCAUUUACGGAAAUUCAAAUCACCAUCUCUGCUCAAAUGGGUUUCUUCAAAUCUUUCAGAAAACUACUCUAGAUUAUCUUUCCCUUCGUUAUUUUCUAGUCCAGGGGCAAUCCACACUGCAAAUACCCGAACUAAUGGUGGCAGUAGAGCUCUUCAGACUGAAAGAUCAAGAAUUGAAGAUGAGAGUUCGAUGCCUGAUUGUGAAACUGUUGCCAAAGUCUCUCGUUCUGGCAGAACUGAAGCUCAAGCUGCUCUAUUGGACUAUCUGCACUGUACCCGGGGUAUGCUGUUCACCGAUGCAGAGCAUAUGAGCAAGAACUCCCCAACUUUUCUCGAGAAGCUUUUAAAGAGGGUCGAGAAUGAACAAGAAAUUGGGCGAUCCUUAACCAGGUUCUUACGCUACCACCCUAUUAAUGAAUUUGAACCAUUCUUUGAGAGUUUGGGUCUUAAACCUUCUGAAUUCAAUCCUCUACUUCCUCAAGAUCUGAUGUUUCUGAGUGAUGAUGAUGAUUUGGUGGAGAAUUAUCAUGUUCUCUGUAAUUAUGGAAUUCCUCGACAUAAGAUAGGAAAUAUUUACAGGGAAGUAUUCGAAGUUUUCCGGUAUAAACCUGGGGUUUUGAGGUCAAAGCUUCAGGCAUAUGAAGAUUCUGGCCUGUCUCGAUCUGCUGUCAUUAAGUUUGUGGCUUCCAGUCCUCGUCUACUGAUUGGGGAUGCUAACUGUGAGUUUUUUAAUGUAUUAGAAGAUUUGAAGUGCUUGGGCUUUCAACAUGAUUGGAUUGAAGGGCGUUUGUCUGAUAGAAAUUCUUAUAACUGGAGCCACAUGCUUGGGCUCCUCCACUUCUUUGGUGAGAUGGGAUACAAGGAACAAUUGGGGAACUUGUUCACAAGGAGCCCAGAAUUCUUAUUUGAAGCUUCAGGCAACAAGGCCUUUUCUCUUAUUGGGUUGAUUCUGAAAUUGGGAAUGAAAAUGAAUGAAAUAUCCUCAGUUUUUCAGCAGUUUCCUCGAAUCCAGGUUGGAACCUUUCUGAAAAAUUUGAGAGCAGGGUUGGCAUUUCUAGUUGAGAUUGAAAUGGAGGGGGAAGAAAUCCUCCAGUUGGUGCAUGCUCACCCCCUACUACUUGGUUCUUUUACUUUGAAGAAACCCAAUACUGUCCUUGCUAAAUUGAAUUGUGGCAAGAAGCGAGUACGUGGAAUUCUGAAGGAGGACCCUGAACACUUGAGGAAGUGGGUCCUGGGAUCAAGGAUUGAUCCAUUGCCCAACCCAGGAGUGAGCCAAAGAUCAUUGAUGAAGAAAACUGAGUUUCUAUUAAACCUGGGCUUUAGAGACAACUCAGAAGAGAUGAAAAAAGCACUCAAGCUUUUUCGAGGCAAAGGAGCAGAACUUCAAGAAAGAUUUAACCUUUUUUUAAAAGCGGGUUUGGAUAAGAAAGAUGUUUCUCAGAUGAUCAAGAUUGCUCCAAAUGUUCUAAACCAGAGUAUGGAUGUGCUUGAUAUGAAGAUUGAUUUUCUUGUAAAUGAAUUGCGCUAUCCCAUAUCAUCUUUGAUGGUGUUCCCACAAUAUCUUUGUUAUACAAUUCCGAGGGUCAAGUUUAGGUUUUCAGUGUACAAUUGGCUAAAGGAUGAAGGACUAGUGCGCAGUUUGGCCCUGAGCACUGUCCUUGCUACUGCUGAUAAGUAUUUCAUGAGCAACUAUGUAAAUCAUCACCCUAAAGGUCUUGAGGUAUGGGAGAAGUUUAAGAAGGAGUCAUAUUCAAGUUGAGAAGGAUCUACUGUUGUUAUGGUUUCUUCAUUCUAGUUAUUGCCUUGUUACCAUUUUCAUUACUGUAAUUGCCAAAUUAAGACAUACUGAACAAAUGCUAUAAUUGAUUAACAUGAAUCAUAAACUGGAAGCCACUUUUUUCAUGAGCACGUAAGCAAAUAUUGGGGCAAACCUGAUUUAUGACAGACUGUUAUGCACUGAUUUUUAAUUGGUAAAUCUGUUUUGCUUGGUGUCUGGUCUGAACAACUGCUGUCCUUGACAAUGAAAGGUUUUCUGUUUUGCCAAAGUAUAUUAAUUUCCAACAUUCUCACAUUUUAACAGGGGGAUGUUUUUGGUGAUUGAAGUUUGUACUAGAAUUUGUAUCUAGUGCCAGGCAUCUCUCUCUUUGUUAGGAUAGAUAAUGAAAAACUUCAUAACCAUGAAGAAAAGCAACUAGGAACACGAGAUGGUGCAAAACAACAAAAAGAAGUAAGGUCAAAGCCCAAAAGACCCACUCUGGCGA